AUGGAAUUCUUCAAGGAUAGCGGGGAAGACCCGCUUAAACCAUCUCUAUUCGAGUUGGUUGCUCAGGAGCAACUGCGCGACCUUCUUCAACCUGCGCUCAAGUACGUCCUAGCAGUGUUCGCACAGCGAUAUCCAAGAUAUCUCAUCCGCAUUGUAAACCGACAUGAAGAGUUCUACGCGUUCAUCAUGUUCUUCGUCGAGCGGCACUAUCUCCGCAAGCACAAUGCAUCUUUUUCUGAGAACUUUUAUGGUUUGAAGAGAAGAAGAAAGGCAUGGAUAGAACUGGAUAGAGCAAGAGCAGCCGUGGGGGGUGUUCCUGCAGGCGAGAAACUUCGCAGUCGAGAGAUUUGGCGUUCUCUGUUUUUCUUGAUUGGUGUGCCGUACCUUCGAGCUAAGGCACAAGACUACUACGAGCAACUAGGUGGGGGUGUCAGCUCUGAUAUACUAGAGGAUGGCAUAGAAAGCCGUCAUAUUCAGGCACUGACUGAUGAGGUAAGUCUGCGCAUAGAUUGUAGUAUUAGCUUGGCUGGUCGCAUGCGCAGGGCAUACAAGACCAUAUAUCCAUGGUUUAAUGUUUCUUUCGAGCUAUGGCUACUAGUUUACAAUGUCGCAUACCUGUUUGAGCGUACUCCAUUUUACCGGCCAUGGCUAGCAUGGAUAGGUGUCGACUUGAGACGUUUAGGUGCUGAUGACUUCGUGACAAAUCUUGAAGCACAAAAACAGGUGCCUCCCAACAGAAAACAAGGGAUUAUGGCUUUCGUUCGACGUCAUCUCACAUCUUCGCCUCAGCUGCUUCUCGAUUCCCUCAAGCUGCUCUUGCCGACAGCAAUAUUCUUCAUCAAAUUUUUGGAGUGGUGGUACUCACCUGGAUCUCCCGCACGUUCCUUGUCCACUUCACCUCUCGGCCCGGCUGUGCCACCUCCACAGAUGCUGCCUCCUCAUCCAAGGGGCUUAGCUGUCGACAGCACCAAGUACGGCCACUGUCCUUUGUGUGGAGGCCCCAUCAAUAAUGCUACUGCCCUGCCAUCUGGAUACGUUUUCUGCUACCGUUGUGUCCAUGAUCAUGUUGAACAACAAGGAAGAUGUCCGGUUACAUUGCUUCCGAUGAGAGUAUGGCAGCUACGGAAAGUAUUGGUGUAA